AUGUCAAGAAGCAAGCUACUAGCAGAAAUGACACAAUCGAAUCUUGAUGAUGGAAUGUUUGCUAUAGUGGAACUCAAUUACCAAGGUGUAUUUACUCGUAAUCCUUUAUCUUACUUCAGGGGUGUGAAAAGCACCUUCAAUGAUGUUAAUUUUUCUACUAUGACAUAUUCCGAGUGUGUCACUUACCUGGAACGUUUCAUGUAUGAUGAAAUUAAAACCCUUUACUACUAUGAACCAAAAAAAUCUAUGACUAAUGGCAUUCGACCUAUUUUAAACAAUGUAGAUUAUAUUGAUGAAGAACAAAAUGAAGAUGCUGAUAACGAUCCUUGUGCUGAUGGUGUGGAAAAUGGAGAUAAUCUUAAGGAUGUUGAAGUGGAAAAUGAUGAAGAUGCUAUCCCUAUGAACAGAACAUACCACGAUCCUUUCUUUAGUAAAUUAUGUGUUAGAGGGGUGCAUGAUGAUGAAAUUGACCUUUUAGAUGAUAAUGAUAGGAUGGAAAUUCAAGAUCCCAUAUAA